AUGAAUUACUCGGAGUCUAUACCUGUGUAUAGGGGCAAUCGUUUUGACAGUUUUUCUCCUGUCACCCCCCUGGAGAUAAAAAUCAUCCUCAAGUCUCUUAGGGCAUCGUCCUCUGCGCUCGAUCCCUGCAUUGCACAGCUGAUGAAGGACACCUGUGAGACCCUGGCCCCUUUUAUAGCGGACAUUGUAAGCACAUCUUUUUCAUCUGGAGUGGUGCCAAGUAUUCCAAAGCAGGCGGUGAUUAUACCACUGCUGAAGAAUUCUAACUUGCCGCGCUCCGUGCUCAGUAACAAUCGACCAAUUUCCACCUUACCGUUCCUUGCUAAGAUCAUGGAAAGAGCAGCGCUAUGGCAGUAUCAGCCUCACUUGGAAUCUAACAACAUCUUUGAUGACCUCCAGAAUGACACCCCGGCCUUAGUACUUCUGGAUCUGUCGGCAGCCUUCGACACCAUUGAUCAUACCAGACUGUUGGAAAGACUAGGGACUGUGGCUGGCACUGAUGGUACUGCUUUGGCAUGGAUGGCCUCUUUUCUGCAGGAGAGAGUUCAGCGGGUAAGAUUGGGACCGUAUUACUCUGCUGAUAGUUCUCUCUCCUGUGGGGUCCCUCAGGGUUCGGCAUUAUCGCCCAUCCUGUUUAAUAUCUACAUGAGACCAUUGUUGUACAUCAUACGUCGCCAUAACCUUCUCUUCCACGUCUAUGCAGACGAUACCCAGAUAUACUUCCGCCUUCCCAGGACCAACGAGAGGCAAGUGGAUCUUGCCUCUUGUUUGGAGGAGAUUAGAACCUGGAUGGGAGCCAAUUACCUCAAGCUUAAUGGCUCCAAAACUGAAACUAUGAUCUUCAGUAACCAUGAUUGCCCUAGUAAGAUGCCCGACUGGCCUGACUCCUUUAAACCGAGUCCGGCACCAGUCGCUAAGGUCAGGGACCUGGGGGUUAUGCUUGAUUCUAAGUUGGCAUUGCGUAGCCAGGUGAAUCAAGUGGUAAGUGUAUGUCACUUCCACUUGAGACUCCUGAGAUCUACGUUUCGCUUUAUCGAGGACUCUGACAAAAUCUCUGUGGUCAAUGCAAUGGUUGGUAGUCGACUUGAUUACUGCAAUGCCCUGUAUAUGGGUGUGUCUAAGAACAUCUUGCACAAGCUUCAGCUGGUGCCGAAUGCCGCUGCCAGGCUACUCACGGGCGUGGGCCGUUCCUCUUGUCCUGAGGAACCUCAGACUGUGAGGGACGGUGCUGUCUUUCUAAUACACAAGAGGUUUCCCUGUCCUGAGUGCGGAAAAUGUUUUUCACAGAAGGUCAAUCUUUCCACACAUCAGAGAUCUCACACGGGGGAGAAGCCUUUUUCCUGUUCUGAGUGUGGAAAAUGUUUUUCAGAGAAGUCCACUCUUUCCAAACAUCAGAGAUCUCACACGGGGGAGAAGCCUUUUUCCUGUUCUGAGUGCGGAAAAUGUUUUUCAGAUAAGUCCCGUCUUUCCACACAUCAGAGAUCACACACGGGGGAGAUGCCUUUUUCCUGUUCUGAGUGUGGGAAAUGUUUUUCAGUAAAGUCCACUCUUUCCAAACAUCAGAGAUCUCACACGGGGGAGAAGCCUUUUUCCUGUCCUGAGUGUGGGAAAUGUUUUUCAGAGAAGUCCCAUCUUUACACACAUCAGAGAUCUCACACGGGGGAGAAGCCUUUUUCCUGUCCUGAGUGCGGGAAAUGUUUUUCACAGAAGUCCUAUCUUUCCACACAUCAGAGAUCUCACACGGGGGAGAAGCCUUUUUCCUGUCCUGAGUGUGGGAAAUGUUUUUCACAGAAGUCCUAUCUUUCCACACAUCAGAGAAUACACACGGGGGAGUGGCCUUUUUCCUGUUCUGAGUGCGGAAAAUGUUUUUCACAUAAGUCCCAUCUUUCCACACAUCAGAGAUUUCACACGGGGGAGAAGCCUUUUUCCUGUCCUGAGUGUGGAAAAUGUUUUUCAGUGAAGUCCCAUCUUUUCACACAUCAAAGAUCACACACGGGGGAGAAGCCUUUUUCCUGUCCUGAGUGUGGAAAAUGUUUUUCAGUGAAGUCCCGUCUUUCCACACAUCAAAGAUCACACACGGGGGAGAAGCCUUUUUCCUGUUCUGAGUGUGGAAAAUGUUUUUCAGAGAUGUCCCAUCUUUCCACACAUCAGAGAAUACACACGGGGAAGAAGCCUUUUUCCUGUCCUGAGUGCGGGAAAUGUUUUUCACAGAAGGCCAAACUUUCCAUACAUCAGAGAAUACACACGGGGGAGAAGCCUUUUUCCUGUUCUGAGUGCGGAAAAUGUUUUUCAGAUAAGUCCUAUCUUUCCACACAUCAGAGAUUUCACACGGGGGAGAAGCCUUUUUCCUGUUCUGAGUGUGGGAAAUGUUUUUCAGAUAAGUCCCGUCUUUCCACACAUCAGAGAAUACACACGGGGGAGAAGCCUUUUUCCUGUCCUGAGUGUGGAAAAUGUUUUUCAGAGAUGUCCCAUCUUUCCACACAUCAGAGAAUACACACGGGGGAGAAGCCUUUUUCCUGUCCUGAUUGCGGGAAAUGUUUUUCACAGAAGGCCAGUCUUUGCAGACAUCAGAGAUCUCACACGGGGAAGUGGCCUUUUUCCUGUUCUGAGUGCGGAAAAUGUUUUUCAGAUAAAUCCUGUCUUUCCACACAUCAGAGAUCACACACGGGGGAGAAGCCUUUUUCCUGUUCUGAGUGCGGAAAAUGUUUUUCACAGAAGUCCGAUCUUUCCACACAUCAGAGAAUACACACGGGGGAGAAGCCUUUUUCCUGUUCUGAGUGUGGGAAAUGUUUUUCAGUGAAGUCCCAUCUUUCCACACAUAAGAGAUCUCACACGGGGGAGAAGCCUUUUUCCUGUUCUGAGUGUGGAAAAUGUUUUUCAGAGAAGUCCAGUCUUUCCACACAUCAGAGAAUACACACGGGGGAGAAGCCUUUUUCCUGUCCUGAGUGCGGGAAAUGUUUUUCGCAGAAGUCCGUUCUUUCCAAACAUCAGAGAUCUCACACAGGGGAGAAGCCUUUUUCCUGUCCUGAGUGUGGGAAAUGUUUUUCAAGGAAGUGCUAUAUUUCCACACAUCAGAGAUCACACACGGGGGAGUGGCCUUUUUCCUGUGCUGAGUGCGGAAAAUGUUUUUCACAGAAGUCCAAUCUUUCCAUACAUCAAAGAUCUCACACAGGGGAGAAGCCUUUUUCCUGUUCUGAGUGUGGGAAAUGUUUUUCAGAGAAGUCCAGUCUUAAGAGACAUCAGAAAUCUCACACAGGGGAGAAGCCUUUUUCCUGUUCUGAGUGUGGGAAAUGUUUUUCAAGGAAGUCCAAUCUUUCCGCACAUCAGAGAUCUCACACGGGGGAGAAGCCUUUUUCCUGUUCUGAGUGUGGGAAAUGUUUUUCAGAUAAGUUCUGUCUUUCCAAACAUCAGAGAUCUCACACGGGGGAGAAGCCUUUUUCCUGUUCUGAGUGCGGAAAAUGUUUUUCAGUGAAGUCCAAUCUUUCCUCACAUCAGAGAUCUCACACGGGGGAGAUGUCUUUUUCCUGUUCUGAGUGCGGGAAAUGUUUUAGAGAUAAGUUCAUUCUUUACAGACAUCACAGAUCACACACGGGAGAGAAGCCAUUUUCCUGUCCUGAGUGCGGAAAAUGUUUUUCAGUGAAGUCCGAUCUUUCCAGACAUCAGAGAUCUCACACGGGGGAGAUGUCUUUUUCCUGUUCUGAGUGCGGGAAAUGUUUUUCAGAUAAGUUCUGUCUUUCCAAACAUCAGAGAUCUCACACGGGGGAGAAGCCUUUUUCCUGUUCUGAGUGCGGGAAAUGUUUUUCACAGAAGUCCAGUCUUUCCGCACAUCAGAGAUCUCACACGGGGGAGAAGCCUUUUUCCUGUUCUGAGUGUGGGAAAUGUUUUUCACGGAAGUACAAUCUUUCCAUACAUCAGAGAUCUCACACGGGUGAGAAGCCUUUUUCCUGUUCUGAGUGCGGGAAAUGUUUUUCAGAGAAGUCCAGUUUUUUCGCACAUCAGAGAUCUCACAUGGUGGUGAAGCCUUUUUCCUGUUCUGAGUGCGGGAAAUGUUUUGAAUAUAAGUCCAGUCUUUCCAUACAUCAGAGAUCUCACACGGGGGAGAAGCCUUUUUCCUGUUCUGAGUGCGGGAAAUGUUUUUCACAGAAGUCCAAUUUUUCCAAACAUCAGAGAAUUCACACGGGGGAGAAGCCGUAUUCCUGUCCUGAGUGCGGGAAAUGUUUUUCACAGAGUUCCCAUCUUUACAAACAUCAGAGAUCUCACACGGGGGAGAAGCCGUAUUCCUUUGAGAAGCCAUAUUACUGUUCUGAGUGUGGGAAAUGUUUUUCACAGAAGUCCGAUCUUUCCAAACAUCAGAGAUCUCACACGGGGGAGAAGCCUUUUUCCUGUUCUGUGUGCGGGAAAUGUUUUUCACAGAAGUCCAGUCUUUCCAAACAUCAGAGAUCUCACACAGGGGAGAAGCCUUUUUCCUGUUCUGUGUGCGGGAAAUGUUUUUCAGGGAAGUCCAAUCUUUCUAAACAUCAGAGAUCUCACACGGGGGAGAAGCCUUUUUCCUGUUCUGAGUGCGGGAAAUGUUUUUCAGUGAAGUCCAAUCUUUCCGCACAUCAGAGAUCUCACACGGGGGAGAAGCCUUUUUCCUGUCCUGAGUGCGGGAAAUGUUUUUCAGUGAAGUGCAAUCUUUCCGCACAUCAGAGAUCACACACGGGGGAGAAGCCUUUUUCCUGUUCUCAGUGCGGAAAAUGUUUUUCACAGAAGUCCCAUCUUUUCAGCCAUCAGAGAUCUCACAUGGGGGAGAAGUCUUCUUCCUGUUCUGAGUGCGGGAAAUGUUUUGCAGAGAAGUCCAAUCUUUACAGACAUCAGAGAUCUCACACGGGGGAGAAGCUGUCAUCCUGUCCUCAGUGCGGGAAAUGUUUUUCAGAGAAGUCCCAUUUUUCCACACAUCAGAGAUCUCACACGGGGGAGAAGCCUUUUUCCUGUUCUGAGUGCGGGAAAUGUUUUUCACAGAAGUCCGAUCUUUCCAAACAUCAGAGAUCUCACACAGGGGAGAAGCCUUUUUCCUGUUCUGAGUGCGGGAAAUGUUUUUCACAGAAGUCCGGUCUUUACACACAUCAGAGAUCUCACACGGGGGAGAAGCCUUUUUCCUGUUCUCAGUGCGGAAAAUGUUUUUCACAGAAGUCCAAUCUUUCCGCACAUCAGAGAUCUCACACGGGGGAGAAG